AAAAAAAGAGACUAUCAAUGGCGCUAAACGUGAUCGAGAACGUCCGAGUCAGGCCUGCUACCAAAUCGUCCGAUGACUCAGUGGACUCCUUCAGUCUCCCUCUAAACUUCUUCGAGUUACGCUGGAUAAAAUUCCAUCCUAAUCAGCGAGUCAUCUUCUAUAGACACACCGAGUCAUCAUCCGAGACAUUUCACUCUCACAUCCUCCCAAAGCUCAAGCUCUCUCUCUCCCAUGUCCUCCGCUACUACCUCCCACUUGCAGGCCUCCUCACGUGGGACCCAAAAGAUCCAAAGCCGUCCAUCAUCGUUUCCAAGAAUGACACGGUGUCUCUUACUGUAGCAGAGACCGACGCAGACUUCUCCUUUUUAACCAGCAAUGGACUACGUCCUGCGAGCCUGUUUCAUCCUUUGGUACCUGAGUUAGAAAUCUCUGAUGACUCGGCGACCCUUCUUUCUGUGCAGAUCACGUUGUUCCCGAACCAAGGAUUCUGUAUCGGCAUUGCAUCGCACCACUCUGUCAAUGACGGAACAACGUCAGCAAUGUUUAUUAAAUCAUGGUCUCAUAUUUGCAGAUUGCAAGAAAAUAGCAACGCCAUGGAGUUUCCUCUUCUUCCGGAGGAUCUUACUCCGACGUUUGAUCGUACGGUCAUCAAUAUUCCAUCCGGACUCGAGUCAAAAAUGAUCGACUUUUUGUCGUCUCGAUCAAAGGACAGCGACAACCUUAAAACCCUGAAGCCACCACCCCUCGAUGAGAUAAGCUCCGACGUUGUCCGUGUCACUCUUGAGUUAACUUCGGAGAACAUAGAGAAACUCCGGGAACGAGUCAGGAACGAAUUAGCUCGCUCUCCGCUCGAGCUUCACUUGUCAGCCUUUGUCAUCGCGUAUGCUUACUCAUGGACGUGUGUAGUGAAAGCGCGUGGAGGCAACCCGAACAGACCAGUACGCUUUAUUUAUACAGCAGACUUUAGGGCUCGUUUAGACCCGCCAUUUCCUGCUACAUACUUUGGGAGCUGUGUGCUACCCUCAGGCUGGUUCCAGUACGAAGCGGGAACAUUUCUGAAAGAAGGUGGUUUUGUUAAAGCAGUCGAAAUUCUAAGUGAUUCGGUCAAACGUUUAGGUUCGCAAGGGAUAGAGUCAUUCUUUGAAGACUAUGUGCAGAGAGGGAAGAAUAUUAUACCAGAUGCACAGGCGGGAAGUGUGGCAGGGUCAACCCGAUUAGCGAUAAACAGGACAGAUUUUGGAUGGGGCAGACCUGUUAAAACCGAGUUUGUGUCCAUUGACCGCAAUGAAGCAUUCUCUAUGUUGGAAAGGAGGGAUGACUCGGGUGGUGUGGAGAUUGGAGUGUGCUUGAAGAAGGGCGAGAUGAAUACUUUUCUUUCUUUAUUUAAAGAUGGCCUAAGCGAUUAGGCUUUAAUAGUGAGAGGCCUAAGCAUCAUCUCCCCAGGCAUAUCAUGGACUACCUUGCCUUGGAUCUUUCGUAUUAUUGUUGUAUGGUUCUUAUUUCGAUUAGUUACUUUUUUUUUUGU